AUGAGGCCUCUUGCCGCCCAAUUUUGCGCCUCUCGGCGAGGCUAUUCGACUCAGAAUGUUACUUCCACAUUGCAGGCGGGCAUCGCCCAAAUCCUGCACACCAGCAAAGAAAUCCCCGAUCACCUGUCCCCGACGCCGUCACACCUUCUGAAUCUCUUGUUCUCCGAUGUUCUUUCUUCAUCUUCCUCCAAACCCCCACCACCAAAAUAUCCUCAGCCCUCAGCACAUUCUACGCAUCUCCCGCAGGGCCAUCACCUCGCCUACUUCCCUCUCCAGUCUCCGCCCUCGGGGCUCAUGCCAGAUGGGACAGACCCCGACCACUGCCCAGGCGCGCCAUUCACACGUCGUCUAUGGGCAGGCGGCGAGGUCCGUUUUCUAGAAGGUUGGGAAAAGGAACUACGCUUGGACGGAAGGCGAGUUCAGUGUGUUGAAACCGUGGAAGAUGUGAGGCCUGAGAAGGAACGGGUGUGGGUUGAGUUGUGGAGACGGUACGCUGCAGCCACAGGGAAGACUCCUGUGAUUGAGGAGAGAAGAACUCUUGCCUUCUUGCCAGAAGUGAAUGCGCCCCCUCCAAUGAGGCGAAGUCUUAGACCACCGCAUAAACCGACAUCGUCGAUAACACUCACACCCACGCAGAACCUUUUGACAAAUUUCAGUGCGUUGACGUACAAUGCCCACGCGAUCCAUUUAGAUUCUGCGUGGGCUGCGCAGGAGGGCCACCCAGCGACACUGGUCCAUGGGCCUAUGUCGCUGGCUCUCAUCCUCGCGUUCUUGAAUCAACAGGGCCAACGUGUAAGAUGGUUUGGGUAUCGAAACUUGGCGCCACUGUAUUGUGAUUGCAGUCUGACGAUUUGUCUACGUGAGAAAGAGAAUGUCGAGGAGGAUAGGAAGUGGGAUGUUUGGAUUCAGGAUGCCGAGGGUGGUAUGGCUGUUAAGGGGAGUGCAACGACCGUUGAUAUGUGA